GGCCUCGGAUAAAGCGGAUGAAGAUGGAUGGAUGGAAAAUCAAAGUCUUUUGACCUGUUUGAUCAUUUGUUAACUUAUGUUUAAUGUUCUUCAAUUUACUUUAAACCCAUCUGUGGGUGUCACAUUUUUGCUCAUUCUGAUGUCAGUGUAAGUGAUUCUCUGCUAUUAAAUAUUAUAUAUUCAAAUUGUUACAGCAGCACAAACGUCUGAGUCACAAUGUGGAAUUCACAUAGUUUCACAUGGUGACACAGAAAUGCUUAUUUGGUUAUUUCAGGCUUCUGAAAUUGCAGGUAGUAGAAAACAGAUGUCAGCCUGUCUCAGUAGUACACCCCUCAAGUGUUUUGUUUGUUUGUUGUGUUAUUUUGUGUUUGUUCAUAACACUGUUGUGUAAACUGUAAGUGCACACUAAAUCCUAUUGUAAUUUUCUGAAUGAACAGUGAAAGAGAGCGAGACCUGCAGCUUGUCAGAGAUUACAAGCCUCACAAAGAUGUCCAGCAUCUCAGAAUUAUGCUUCAUGGACCACCAGGUGCUGGAAAGUCCAGCUUCAUCAACUCUGUGGACAGUACUUUAAGAGGCAAAAUCGCAACUCGAGCAUUGGCAGAUGCAACCUCUGGUGACAGUUUCACUACAACAUACAGGACAUUUAAAAUUCAGAAAGGAAAUCCAAAAACUUUUUACUCUUUUGUCUUCAAUGACACCAUGGGGCUUGAGAGGGGCGCUGAGAGAGGAAUUCAUGUAGAAGACAUCAAACUUGCCAUUAGUGGACAUGUCAAAGAAGGUUACACGUUCAAACCCACAGCUCUCUUGCGUGAAUCGGAUCCUAACUACAACAGUUCUCCUACUUUAGAUGACAAAGUCCACAUUCUGGCUUUUGUUAUUCCUGCUGACACAGUGAGCAUGAUCAGUGAUGAAACUUGGAGGAAGAUGAAAGAAGUCAGACUACAUGCUCGUGACAAAGGGAUCCCACAAAUAGCCAUCAUGACCAAAAUUGAUGAAGCCUGUCCCGAAGUAAAAAAAAACAUAAAGAACGCCUACAGGAGCAAGUACUUGAAUGACCAGAUGCAAACAGUAAACAGGAGCCUGGGUAUUCUACUGAACUGCAUCUUCCUCGUGAAGAACUACCACAAAGAAAUUGUGACAGAUGACAGCAUGGAUUCACUGAUACUGUGUGCACUGAAAAAGAUCAUUGACUAUGGAGAGGACUACCUGAAUGACCAGGAUAUGAAUGAUUGAAUGAAUGGUCCAGGAGGACGAUAUUUCAUCCCACUAUAUACUUGAGUGUAUAUUGUUGGGUUGAAUAAUCCUGGCCUGUAACAAAUGUUUGAGGGGGAUAGAAAAUGAAAAUGCUCAGUUACUCUUCAGGUUAUUUUGCUUUGCUAUCAUUACAAUCACAGUCACACAAAAAGUGAAUUUCAUCAGAAACUUUAUUGUACUGAUUUUUGUCUUGUUCUUAUUUUAUUUCACUUUUUUUUUCUUUUGUAAAUUAAAUCCAAAUAACCUUCACAGAAAAUCAAUAUGUACUUUUUGUUAUUUACUGUAUAUUCAAAAUGAUAAUGGCAUGAAGAAUGACACAUUUAUGCUUGUAACCUGUUACCUGCUGUGUAACUCAAAUAAAUCUUUUCAACCCUUGAUGUGAGACUGUUCUCUGUGA